AUGGCGGAUGAAGAGCAUAUUCGGCACUGCAUGCUUUACGAGUUCCAAUUAGGAAGAAAAGCAAGUGAGGCUGCAAAAAACAUCUGUAGUGCUCUUGGUCAAGAUGCAGUUAGCGCCAGAAAAUGCCAGCGUUGGUUUGAGAAAUUUCACGAGGGAAAUUUUUUGUUAGAUGACAUGAGUGGUCGAGGCCGUGUGUCCAAUUUUGAUCAAGAAGCUCUUCAAGCUCUUUUGGUGCAAAAUCCUCAAAUUACCCAACAAGAACUUGCGACAACUUUAAAUUGUUCACAAAAAAACAAUUUCCAAUCAAUUGCGUGCACUUGGCAAAGUCCAAAAGUCUGGAAAAUGGGUUCCUCAUGA